AUGUUAUGGAUGCGCAGUAGUUCGCAGAGAAAACCCACCAGAACCUAUGCUAUGCUACGAACGGAAAUGCCGGAAAGAGCCUGGCAGAGAAUCGCUAUUGAUUUCUUUUCAGCAAAAGGGUUUGCAACAUUCCUAGUCAUCGUGGACUAUUUUAGUCGUUUCGUUAAAGUAAUUGAAAUGAAAGAGACAAAUGCUUCGAAGACGAUUGAGGCACUCGAGGGCGUAUUUAUGGAACAAACCUAUCCAGAAACGAUUCGUUGCGACAAUGGGCCGCCAUAUGCGAGCGAAGAAUUCUCUGAAUAUUGCUUGAGCAAGAACAUACAGCUCAUCCACACCAUCCCCUACUGGCCGCAAAUGAACGGGAUGGUGGAGCGCCAAAAUAGAGGAAUUUUGAGAGCAUUAAGGAUUGCCAAGGCAACUGGCACAGACUGGCGAAAAUCCGUUCAGGAUUACGUCCAUAUGCACAACACUACACCACAUUCUGUGACAGAAAAGCGUCCGAUGGAGCUAUUGAUGGGUCGUCCAAUAAAGUGCCUAUUUCCAUCACUGAGAACGGAACCGGGAUUGCAUCGUGAUGAAAGCAUACGCGAUACCGAUGCAAUAAAGAAAUGUAAAGGAAAGCUCUACGCGGAUGAGCGUAGGCAUGCAAAGCCAUCUUCCAUAGAGGUAGGAGACUCCGUCAUGUUGAAGAAAUACGAUUGCGGAAAGUUAGAACCAAAUUUCUUACUCGAGCGUUUCACAGUUGUCCAACGGACUGGUAAUGAUGUGAUUGUCGAGAAUGCUGAGGGUGUGCAGUAUCGUAGAUGCGUGACUCAUUUAAGAAAAUGGCCAAAGGCAGAUGAUGAAGCCCGACGAUGUACCAGAAUGUGUGCCGGCUGA